GCGAAGUCUCGUCCAUGUGUGGAUGGGUGUGCCCUGAGCGCCACUGUCCUGCAAUGCCAUAACAGCUAGAUGUAGUUAGAGAAUGUGCUAUGUUGUGGUUGAUGUAAUAAUCUCGAGUUAUAAUCCCGUGUAAAUUCCCUCUGGAUUACGAUCCCAUUGUGUUCAAAUGGAUUUGAUGCGCGUCUCUCAGAUGGGCUACUCAAAUGAUGAUCGAGAAUGAGUGCAGAGUUUCAAGAGCAUACCCCAGGCCUCAAAGCACACUUCCAGGCUGUGUUUGUUCAGGGGGCAAUGUCAGUCGCCUAUGUCUAAUCAGGACCUCAAACCAGCUGUUGCACCCAAAGCGAGAAAAUUUCCUCUGCAUCAUCAUAGUUCUAACAUUUACUUGAAUAUACUCCACCCUAACAGAAGCCUUAAACCUGCAAACACAAGACAGCAUAUGACAGAAAUGUAUAGAAAAAUAGUGCUGGACCAGGAGGAGUCAAAAGAGGGGAAGACUGAGAAACUCAUACAUACGGAAAGGACAGUCCAAAGAGAUGAGACAGAACAGGAUGCUAUUCUGGAACAGGGGGGUGAGUUAGGAUGCGGGGAUGAGUUGGCAAAGGGAAUUGACUUUGAUUUGGUGGAGAGUCUACAAGGCGGCACGUCAAUGGACUUUCACUAUAAUUCAUGCAGUGAGAGAGUGGUGAAUGAUAGCAGAGUGGCAGACCAGAUCCACAUAAAGGAAUUAGAAAAUAUAGCAUUGGGAUUGACUAAAAAUGGUGUAUCAACAUCACAUAAAAAUUCCAGUGAUGCUAAAUUAACCUCUUAUACAGUUUACAGACAAUUAGCAUACACUGAUGGAAUGUUGACAGACGAAAUACUCUAUGGCAAAACUUUCAUUAAAGGAUUCUAUCCAAAUGGAAUGUACCCAAAUGGUAUAAUCACAAGCACAAUGUUUUCAAAUGAAGAAGACACAGAUGGGAUGUUCCCAGACAUUUGCGAUGCAGGUGAGGCAUUGGCAGACAAAGAUGGACUUUCUGAGUGUGACCUCUUUGAACAAACAGAACCUCCACAAAUUACAGAGACAGAAAAGAAUGUCAAUGGAGAUAUAAUGAUGCUUACUAUGGAAGAGGUAUCAGACAGUUCUGAAUUGUCUUCAACUUCCAUUGGGGAAGAGGAAGAUGAAAUGCAAGAGGAAAAAGGGAACACUGAGGAACAAGAAGAUGAUCAUUUUUCAGACAAAAGUUCUUCACAAGAUCUCUCGGCAGCCAUUGACACUCCAGACAAUCCUGCAUUAGACAGUUCUGAUCUGUCUUCAUUUUCCAUUGAGGUAGAGGAUGAUGAAAUGCAGGAGGAAAAUGAGCAAUUUGAGGAACAAGAAGAUCAUAGUUUGUCCUACAAAAAUUCUUCACAGGAUCUCUCGUCAACCAUUGAACCUCCAGACUAUCCCACAUCAGAUGGUGGAGAUGAAAACCUCUUUGAGUCUGGUCAGUCCUGUUUGUUGAGUUCCUCAUUUUCUUCAUCUCAGCCAUUCUUUGUCACAGGAACUAAGACAGUUUUAGAUUAUGAGGAUAUAGCAGAUGCAAAUCACAAUUACUGUAACAAAGAUUCAGUGGAUAAAGGUCACCAUGAGAAUGAUCAGGCUAUUCUAAAUCAUGACCUUUUCAGUGCUCUUUCACUUAUUCAACAGCAACCUGACACUAAAUGCCAAAGUUUUCUACAGAAUCAAGUGAAGGAGAGGAUUAUUCAAGAAGAAGUUCUAAAGAACCAACUGAGUAUGACAACUGACAGUUCAGAACUCACUGGUUUAACAGAAGAACAUGUGUAUGAAGAGACAGAGCCAAAAAUCCAAUCAAAAGACUUCCUUCAGAAUAGGAAGUACUUUAUGACUCGCUCUAUUUCUAUGGAAACCCCCAGUAAGAAACUUGACCUAGUAAGUAGCCCAGCAACAGGAAAUGGCCGGCUUUUGCUACACCCACGCUCCUUCUAUACAGAUCAGUGUUUCCUUGGUGAUAGUCGGCUUGCACUAACUGGCUCAUUAGGAUGUAUUUCACAAGAUGUCCACGUCUCAACAGACUUAGCUAAAGUCACUAGAGUAGAUAUACCACCCCCUUUUGAACUGGCUUCCAUCACUAAACGACCAAUCAGAAAAAGUUCGCCAUCCCUGACAAGUGAAAUCGUUGCCUCUUGCAAGAAACCUGAUUUUGGGUUUAAACGUUACCUUCUGCCAUUACGAUUCCUCAGGAAAUCUGAUCGGAAAAGCAUGAUGGAUAAUCGUUCUCUGUCCUCCAGGUCUUCCUCUGAGUCAAGUCCACAAGGGUCGUGCAAACGCCUGGAUUUAAUCAGUCACAGCAUGGGCAGCCCUGAGUUAAAGAGGACCCCAGAUUGCACACCACAAAUGUCACCCUCUUCCUUUCUCUUCCCAAAAAAUAGGCAAAAACCGGGACUCAGCUUAACCCUUAAUAAUGAUUUGACUUCCAGCACCAUUUCUAUAGUGCCAGAUCAUUUGUUUCAUUCCCUCUUUGAGCCCCUUCCCCUUUCUAAACCUCGAUCUUUUUCAACUCCCAAUGCUGACUCAUCGGAAUACGAGAACGUUCAAAAUGCUUCUUCUCACUACGAGAAUGUGCAGAUUCGCCUCCUGAAACCCAUCAUACAGAGUCAACGAAAUCAGAGUUCAACCAGUGACACUGAUGGUUAUGUGGAUAUGAGCAGUCUGCCAGGCUUUCAGGGCAAAAGUCAGUCUUCUGAGCAAGAGACAGAUAGUACCUACACUUUCUGUUCUCCUAAUGUGAGGCCAGAUGGAACAGUAGGUGUAUCUGUAGGUGUGGCUUGUACAAGAGAGAAAAGGACAAAGACAUCUGACAAACUGACUGUCAGCUGUUCCAGGGCAUUCUACAGUGCUAAAGAGCUUUUGGACAGUGAGUCACAGCAUGUAAAGACUUUACAACUUCUCUUUCAAACUGUUGAAGCAGAUGAGAGGCUGAUUACACUAUGGACAGAGAUACCUGAUAUUCAUACCCUCCACCAAGAUAUACACACACUACUGGAGGCCCGCAUAAAAGAAUGGGAUCAGAAUGAGGGGAUUGCUGAAAUCAUCUUGGCAAAGAAGACAGGGUUUUCCAUCUUCUCCUCUUACAUCAGUCAUUAUGAUGAAAAAGUGAAUUAUGUGGAUCAAAUACAAAGCACACUACCAGAUGCAGCAACCCUGAAAAAGCAGUUGCUUCAGGUUAUUGUGCGCAUCCUACAGUACCGUAUGCUGCUAACAGACUACCUGAAUAAUCUCUCACCAGACUCAAGAGAAUUCCAAAAUACACAAGAUGCUUUGGCGGUGGUCUCAGAUGUUGCUUAUCAAGUCAAUGACGGCCUCAAGAAUGGAGCGGAUCUUCUGCGACUGGUCCAUAUUGAACACAGUGUUUUGGGUCUGACAGAUCUCCUACAGCCGGGGAGGGUCUUUGUGAAAGAAGGUACCCUGAUGAAGGUCAGCAGGAAGUGCAAGCAGCCACGUCACCUUUUCCUGAUGAAUGACAUAAUGCUCUACACAUAUCCUCAGCAAAAUGGCAAAUAUAGACUCAUCAACACAUUACCACUGGCAGGGAUGGAGGUCAGCAAGCCACCGACAGAGAAUGCUCAGAAUGCAAUGAAGAUUGAUGUGAAAGACAUAAGCAUCAUUUUGACUGCCAGUUCCUGCAUCGAACGAGAAGGAUGGUUUGUUACUCUAAAUCGUACAUUGCUGGACCUUGGCCCAGCGCCAGGAGACCCAGUCGACUGUCUUGAGUUUUUAGAGGUGCCAGAGAUUUGUCUUGGCGAGAAUGCUCCACCCCUGUUGUCCGUUUCCCAGGUGACAGUUUGUAUGAAGUGUCCCUCUCAUUUUAGCCUCACAAAUAGAAGACAUCACUGCCAUGCCUGUGGCAAGGUUAUUUGCAGAGAUUGUUGCAGGAAUAAAUUCCCCCUUAAAUACAUGAAGAACAGACGGGCCAAAGUGUGUGAUCAAUGUUACACUGAGCUUCGUAAGCAUGAUGUUGCCACAGUAACAGAGAGUUCCAGUCGGCCACUCUCUUCUGUGUUCCAAAACAUUCAUCCGUCCAGUCUGUGGAAGAGCCGCAAAGGCCAGCUGUCUUUCAACCAGGUGACAGGGUCUGAGUGCAUGAUGAGCGGAACCCUGCAGAGAUGCAGGAACAGCAAGAGAAGCUGGAAAAGCCUGUGGUUCCUACUAAAAGACAAAGUUCUCUAUACGUACCCACAGCCUGAAGAGAGGGUUGCAUGUGAGACCCUCCCUCUGUUGGGUUUCUCUGUGAGGUCAGAGGUUCAAGGAGAGAGCAGUAUGUUUCAGCUGUACCACAAAAGCACUCUCUUCUACACUUUCAGAGCUCAGGAUUGUCACACUGCUCAGAGGUGGGUCAACGCCAUCGAGGAGGCUACAGUCCUGUAGCAUCAACCAUCAUUGGUGUGCCAUCUUCUCAUCUGUUAUUGAGCAUCAGAAAUAAAUGCAUUUUCACGUCUUACUUAAAUAGCACUGUGUGACUAGCAUGAUAGGAACCCAAAGAGUGAUAGCAUUCAUCCCUACGUUAGCAUGAUGUGAUAGGCAUAUUUUUGGAAUGCCAAGGGAACAAAACGCUCACACUUAGACAUGUAUUUUGUGCCAGAUUCUUCCUCCAAAGACCUUGUUAAGCUGUGGACAAGCUGUAAAAAGCAAACUAUAGCACUUUCAGCUUUCUUUUAGUUUACUGCUCAGAACAUUUUUAAACCAGAUACUGCUUAACUUAACCAAUAGACUUGUAAGUGUCAUUCCUUAUACAACACAAUAUACACUAUAUGACCAAAAGUUUGUGGACACCAUAUGUGCUUGAUGAACUUUUGAUUUCAAAACCUUAGGCAUCAAUUUCCCUCUUUGCUGUAAUAACAGCUUCCAAUCUUUUGGGAAGGUUUUCCACUAUACUGUAUGUAGUAACAUGGCUGCAGGGAUUUGCACUCAUUCAGACACAAGGCUAUCAGUGAGGUCAGGAACUGAUGUUGGUUCAUCUUUUUUCAUACAUUUGCUGUUCCAGUUCACCCCAAAAGUGAUCAUUGGGGUUCAGGUCUGGGCUUUUGUAGGCCAGUCAAUUUCUUCCACACCAGACACAGUAAACCAUUUCUUUAUGGACCUCACUUUUUUCACAGGGGCAUUGUCAUGCUGGAACAGAAAAGGACUAUCCCCAAACAGUUGCCACAAAUUUGGAAGCACACAAAGCCCAAGCCAUUACAUAAAGAAACAUUAAGAUUUUUCUUUACUGGAUUUAAUGGAGUAACCAAAUUUGUUAAUUAGAAGGGGGUGUCCACAACCUUUUGGCCAUAUAUUGUAUAUUAUACAAUACCACAGAGUGCUAAAAUAUAUUGUAGGUAAAGCUUAACACAUGGUCAACAGAUUCUGUUCAGUUCAUUUCGUAAAGGAGAUGAGAACCAGUUGGAAUUCUUAGCCCAUAUUUGAUAGAAGUCUAAUUAGUGACAUUUGCAUGCUGUCAUUUCAUGUUUGGAGUAUAUUUAUAUCACAGUCAUUUGGACUAAGACUUGCACUUAUAAUUUAGGAUCGAUUUCCAUCUAGCAACAGAGCUGGUAUUCUCGUUGCACUCGUGGUGAUUUUAUGUUGGGAAUUUACUUACCUUUUCCAUACUACAUCAACAGGCUUACAUACUGUUAAUUUGCAGUAUUAUAAUCUAAAAUAUGAGGGCUUAAUUGUGCUUGAAUGUACAUGCAGUGUAUCUGCUGGAAGAAAUAAAAUGUCUAUAGCUGCUAUUUAAGAAAGCAUGAGUUCAGUGUGGGUGUUCAGUGUGGGUUUGUAAACCUCACCAGAGACUCAACUUCCUCUUUUUCUUUUAUUUCCUGGUGUGUGUGAACAGCUGCUUUUGUAAAUGAUGUGAUGCAUAUGACACACAUGAAACCUCUAAGAUAGAAUAAUGUUAAAACCAAACCUUUACAACAAAGUGGUCAAUUCUAUGUAGGGGAGACUGUGGCUAAUUGUCACAUGCUUAAGUUGACACAAGGGCUAUAUCUUAGUAACUGGAAGGUUCUGAGUCAAAAGUCCAAUUACACAAAUGUGUUUUUUGGAUUUAAUCUUGUGAAUUUUAUCCUUCAAUAUCAUCAUAUGUUUGCUACAGUGGUAGCAGUGUGAUAUACAAUUGAACAAGUAAUAAAACAAGAUUGCAUACAUACAUUCAGGCAAGGGUGUGCGAUAUAAUGAAGGUAAAUUUUAACCAAAAGGUUGAACUUUUUUUCUCCGGACAAAAGUAUUUUUCAUAAAUGUCAGGAUGGGGAAAGUUCUCACAAAUGUUUUAAAUGUAUACAAUUUAUGACAAUAUUUUCCAAAACAAUAUUUUGAUAUACUUACCUUUUACAUUUUUACAGUUUCAUUAUUGUUUUACUGUGUAAAUGUUGUUUUAAAGCCUUUAAUGGGUGGUUUAAAGGCAGGUUCCACUGCAGCAACUUGCCCUAUAUAGUGUGACAACAUGCCCCACUACUGGGUCAACAUGUCUUAAAUUAACUGUAUCUUCUUUUGUAUUGGUAAAUAAUAGCUGAAAUGUCCAAUAGCUUUUUGUAGCCAACACUUUAAGGAAUGUGCAUGUACAGAAACUGACUUUCAAAAAUAAACCUUCCCCAAAAAAAUAUUGGCUGGAGUAAAAAGUGUGACCACUAGCCCCGUUCUCCCCUAUAUGUAUGGUUCAUUGUUAAACUCAAGACCUGUGCGGGUGCAUAUGUACCUGUGCCUGAAUUUUAUUUCAACACAUAAGCAAUUUUAAAAGUACUGUUUUUACUGACAGCCAGGUUGUGUCCUCAGAGAGCAAAUCUUAGAUAUCAGAUUCUGUGAUUAAGUAACCUCAACUCAGUAAUUAAGGAGUUUAUUACAGAUUGGGACCAUGUGUGUGAGUGUGAGGGAUAUGAAGAAAAGGGAAGGGUGGCGUUGCCCUGCUUCCACAUUCCCAGGAGACUAUGUGACCCAGAACAGAGUGAGAGAGCAAGGAUGAGAGAGGAGAUUUUUUUCUGGAUUACCUGAAAGUUACGGACACCUUGUCCCAAAUACAAGAGACACAUUCAUCAUUUUACCUCUCUCUGUCCUUUUCUUUCCAUUUUCACCUCCUCCCAGAAUAAACUGUUUUACCCAAUUCCAAUCCAAUUAAGUGGUAAAAAUACAGUGGUUGAAGAGUAUGUUACUUGAGCUGUGAAUAUGCACCCACACAGAGGUGCGUAGUAACGAGCUACAUUUACUCCAUUAUAUUUACUUGAGUGGCUUAAAAAAAGUACUUAUAGACUAGGUUUAAAAGUGGGUACUUUUUACUCUCACUCAAGUAAAUUUCUAUAGAAUUUUUUUUAAAUUUUACUUCUUUACAAUGGGUGGCAUUCCUGUUGUUACAUUACUGGGUUUAAUUUCAAUUACUGGGGCUGUGGUGGCUCAGUGGUUAAGGCUCUGGGUUACUGACCAGAAGGUCUGGGGUUCAAGCCCCAGAACUGCUAAGAUGCCACUGUUGGGCCCUUGAGCAAGGCCCUUGACCCUAUCUGCUCCAGGGGUGCUAAUCCUGUGCUCUGACCCUAGCUUAGCUGGGGUAUGCAAAAAAAAAAAAAAAAAAAAAAAAAAAUAUGAAUUUCACUGUAUAUAUGUAUAAGGUGUGACAAA